GAGACAAACACCCACAAAGCACUUCAGUGUACAGGUAAUCACAUUCACAGAUUGCACAUGUUCAGUCACUUAAAAUCAUGUCUGUGGUGUUCAGGAAGUGACUGUGUGAAGAUCAGAAGCUCCAGAGCAGCUCCAGUGUGUUUGGUUCUUCUGAUCCUAUAAUAGGAUUUUAAAGUUAAAAUUACAGACAAUAACUAAUUGUUUGCGUAUGUCAGAAACUUGCGUGUUCCUCAUGAAUGAACAUGGUCAGGAAGAUCAUAAAUAUGAUAUCUAGAAUGAAUUAUAUAUUCAUAACUGAACUGUAUACUGACAAGCCAUCUGAAGUGCCCCUUACAUAACAAAAAAUAUAUGGGAAUAUACUGGACAAUAUAACGCAAUAUUAAAUAAUAAAUUUCCAUGUUACUGGGAACUAGUGCUUAUAUUUUUCAAUAUACUGCAAUAUAUUCAUGGCCCACGUACGGGUGAUACCUGUACAUAUAAAAACUAUAUAGCAAUCAAGACAAAUUGGAUUAAGUCAGGUGACUUUUCUCUCAUGUGCUAAUUUGAACCUGGCUGCUACAUUUGAUCACAUCUUCGCCAUUACACAUAAACAUAAUUAUGCAUAUUAAUUGGCAUGAACCAAUAGGAUGUCACAUGCUCUUGUACUUUGACAUACUUUGCCCCAUAUUGGCCUCCCCUACUGAAAUCUCAAAAAGCAGAGAGCCAAAAACGUAGAAACACACAAAGACAGCUUCCACCAUUUACAGGACUGAGCGAACAAAAACAUUUCAGCCUGUGUAUGGCAAUAUAAACACUGAUGGGACAUGGGAUAAGGACAGACAAGAGGAAACAAACUUAACACACGGGUACAGAUACAAACACUUUCAAUAUUGUAUGUAGAAGUUAAGAAACAUUUAUUCAUGUCUGUCAUGUUCAGGAAGUGAUUCAGUGAAGGUCAGAAACUACAGAGCAGCUGUAGUAUGUUUGGGUCUGCUGUGUGUUCUUCUGCUGACUGCAGUCAUAGUGCUGUGUGUCCACAUCUAUACAAACAACACAAGCUGCACAGAAGAGACAAAACAGCUUCUAACCAAGAUCACAAACCUCACAGAAGAAAAAGAUGAGCUGAUAAAAAAGAAUGCAAAUCUGUCGAACAAGAGAGACCCAGGUAGGAGGGGACAUUCUCGCAACCUUGCGCAACGUUUCUUAAAAGUUCUCGAAAGUCCCAAACUUCUACAGAACAGUCCUCUUUUGGUUAUGAAAGUGCUGGUGCUCAAUGUUACUUACGUGACUUAAGGGGGACGUUCCAUUUUGGUUAUUUUUUAGUCACAUAAGAACAUUACAAAGAGGACAUUUGGGACGUUAACAGAAUGUUCCCAUAUGGUCCUCUAUUAGUCAUAUAAUAACGUUCCAGAUAUGACUUCAGGAGGACGUUCCAUUUUGGUUAUUUUUUAGUCACAUGAGAACGUUACAAAGAGGACAUUUGGGACUUUAACAGAACGUUCUCACAUGUUCCUCUUUUAGUCAUAUAAUAAUGUUCCACGAUUUUAGGAGGACGUUCCAUUUUGGUUAUUCUAUUUCAGCUAAUAAAUCAGCUUUCAUCUCUUGGUAAAGAUAAUAAAUUUCUUCAUUCUAUGUACUUUGGUUGUGGUUUCAGUAACUCUUAAGUAAAGGGGAAUAAAUACUUGACCUUGUUGUUUACAGAUAAAUGGAUUUACCGUCAAUUCAGUUUUUACUACAUGUCCAAUGAGACAAAGAACUGGACUGAGAGCAGAAGAUACUGUACAGAGAGAGGAGCAAAUCUGAUCAUCAUAAACAACAGAGACGAACAAAUGAGUGAGAGACACUGUGUGUGUUUGUGGUGUUUAGCUGCUAAGCGAGAGAUGGUCAGAUGCAAUGUGUAUAUUGUCAAUUUAUGGUAUAAACAGGUAAUUGGUUUAUCUGUUUAGGAUUUUGUUACAGAAAUUACUGAUAAAAGAGAAUUUUGGAUUGGUGUGACUAACAGUGAUAAAGAAGGCAGUUGGAAAUGGAUUGAUGGCAGCACACUGACCUGUAAUAAAUUAUUCUCACAGUCAGUAUCAUAUCACAGAAAGCAGCACUGAACAUCUAAUGUUGAUCUGUACUUUCAGGUUCUGGGCAUCUAGAGAGCCAAAUGGAUGAAAAGUAGAGAACUGUGCUGUGACUUAUUUAACAAAGUGGCCUGAUUUAUUAGGGUGGCUUGAUGUUAGAUGUAAUAAUGCUUAUCAAUGGAUCUGUGAGAAGAGUAUAUGGCCCUAGGAACAUAGGGUUGGGGGUAGGGUGGUGACCCAACUGUAACAUUACACAACUAAUUAAUAAUUAUCAUCUAUAGUACAAAUUAACUAAUGAUGUUAUAGCCAGAAGACAAACAAUAUGUCUGUUAACAAGAUCAGAAUGGUCCAGUCUACUUGAAGAAACAACUUUCAAUCUCACCAAAUCUCACACUCAACUCCAGCAAUAUGAACAUUUCUGGGAAAUAUGGGAUGGAAAUAGAAUAUGAAGAGAUGGAUAUCAACAGUAGUGAUGUCAAUACAGAAAGAGAGUACAUGGACGCCAAGAGAUACCGAACACCUCAAAACACAGAUCAGUGCUCUGACAACCUUAAAUGGAUAACAUACAAGCGCAGUUCCUACUACAUUUCCUCCGAGUGGAAGAACUGGACCGACAGCAGACGAGACUGUUUGGAGAGAGGAGCAGAUCUGAUCAUCAUAAACAACAAAGAAGAACAAGUUCUGGAGGUCCGGGGAGCCCAAUAACGCAGUUGGAGAUGAGGACUGUGCUGUAUCUCUCUUUCAUUGGCCUGAUUAUCCAUGCAAUUAUACCUUUGUAUGGAUUUGUGAGAAGGAUUUAGAGGUUUAGCAAAGCUGUUCCAUCAAAUCUGUAUAACCAAAGCAAAGCAGUAAUCAAAUAGACGUGUUGCAAUGUGCAAUACAAUAAAAAUAGCGUUUUGACCCGAAUAUAAGACGACCCUGAUUAUAAGACGACCCCCCUUUUUCCAGAUGUACCUUUUGGAAAACCAAAUCUUUUUUUCUUUUUCUUUUCUUUCUCUCUGUAAAACACAUUUUUUCUUAAAUUAUUUUCAUAUUGCAUAUUUUUCCUAUUUUAAAUUUUGUUUUGAAAGUAUGGUAAAUACUGGUAAAAUGUACCAACAAUGACAUUGUAAAAUAUACACUUUUUGAUAUACCAUAAAAAUAACAGGUAGCCCAAUCUGAAUCAUAGGCCUAUAACAUUUAGGCUAUCCAUCUCAUAGUAGCCUUCCAAAAUUGUAUUAACAGUAGAAGUGAAAUCUUAUUGUAGUCUUCAAAUCUGGGUACUGUCUUAUGUUUUAAAAUCACUUACAGAGGAAGUUUGGUCUCAUCAGACUAACAUGACAGUCACGACUCAUAUGGCUGUAAGCUUUUCUUUUUCUUUUGUUUUCACUCGCGAUCUUUACAGCACACAUUACAUUACAUAGUUCAUGGCGCACUCGUUUUAUGCGUUUUUGGCGCCACCUAUUGUUGUGGGUGUAUUAUUGACAUGUCAAAGUCUAGGCCAGGGGUCACCAAGUUCGGUCCUGG